CGACCUCCACCCUCACGCACGCCCCCCCCCCUCCCCGCACCAUGACCAGCCUGAAGCGCUCCCAGACGGAGCGCUCGGUCGGGGGCUCGGUCCCGGCCUCUGACGAGUUCUACACCCGCCGCCUGCGCCUGCCCAACGGCGGGGCGCCCCCGCCCCGCAGCGAGAGCACGCACAUCUCCUCCUCCUCCUCGUCGUCGGGCUCCAACGCCCCGGGCACCAACCCCGGCGUGCCCAAGAUGGGGGUGCGCGCCCGAGUCGCCGACUGGCCCCCCAGGAAGGACGGGGGAGGAGGAGGAGGAGGAGGAGGAGGAGGAGGAGGAAGCAGCAGCGUUUGGCACAUUACCGUGGAAACGGACUCCCCCAGCUCCACCAACACCAGUAGCUCCUCGGGUUCGGGGAGCGGCGAGCGAGAGCGAGGUGGGGGCUCGGGGGGCAGCGGCGGGGGAGGGAGCCUUGGCAGUGGAGGGGGAGGGGGAGGAGAAAGGGAGAGAGAAAGAGGUGGCGGCGGCGGCGGCGGAGAAAGGGAGAGGGGCGUGACGGCUGUCGCGGCCCACAGCAACCUGUCGGCCAAGCUGGGCCACCUCAUCAGCCCCCAGGACUCGUCCAUGCUGCGCAACAUCCACAACACGCUGAAGAACAAGAUGCACAGCAAGGGCAAGGACAACCGCUUCCUGUCGCCCGACGGCUACCAGGGCUCCCCGCGGAAGGGCAUGCGGCGCAUCCGCCAGCGCAGCAACAGCGACAUCACCAUCAGCGAGCUGGACGGCGACGGCAGCGAGGGCUGGUCCUUCUCGGGCUGGACGCCCAUGCACCGCGAGUACGGCAGCACCUCCUCCAUCGACAAGCACGGCGGCUCGGGCGAGAGCUUCUUCGACAUGCUGAAGGGCUACCAGUCGUCGGAGGCCCCCGACCAGCGCAGCCCGGCCCCCGAGAGGCUGGGCGAGCUGCUCACGGUGGCCCCCGUCAAGCAGGCGGCCCUGGACCUGCCCGACGGGCCGCUGGGCCAGACGCGCGGCAGCCCCGCCAGCCGCCUCAAGGAGCGGGAGAAGCACCUGAAGAGGAGGUCCAAGUCGGAGACGGGCGGGGAGUCCAUCUUCCGCAAGCUGCGCAGCGUCAAGGCGGAGGGGGACGCGUCGCGGGCGGGCUCGGACGCGGAGGACGGCGGGAAGGCGGAGGAGGGCGGCCAGAGCGUCCACAAGCCCUGGGUGUGCCAGAAGGGCUUCGCCCACUUCGACGUCCAGUCGCUGCUCUUCGACCUCAACGAGCUCAUACACACGCGGCAGUCAGGCGGCAAGCGCAAGAACACCACCACCGGCGCCUCGGCCGCCGCCGCCGCCUCGGCCUCCUCCUCCCUCUCCUCCAAUCAGAGCGCCGCGUACGGCUCCCCCUGCGGGUCCCAGGAGGAGCUGAGCGCCAAGGAGGGCUCGGGACACGGCGCCAACCCGGCCCUGGACCCCGGGGACGACAAGAGCAACGAGCUGGUGCUCAGCUGCCCCUGCUUCAGGAACGAGAUCGGCGGCGAGGGGGAGAGGAGCAUCUGCCCCUCCAAACAGCAGGGCAGCAUAGGCAGCGGGGCCGGCUCCGGCGGCUCCCUGGGCAGCGCGGAGGAGGGGCCCCUGGACGGCACCCUCUCCAGCCACUUCACCAACGCGGGCGUGGCCGUGCUGGAGGCCCCCAAGGACGGGCAGGGCCAGCACGCGGAGCGGGCCAAGCGCUACAUCGUGGAGCACGUGGACCUGGGGUCCUACUACUACCGCAAGUACUUCUUUCUCAGAGAGCACUGGAACUACCUGGGGGUGGACGAGAGCCUGGGCCCCGUGGCGGUGAGCCUGCGGCGGGAGAAGCUGGAGGAGCACAAGGACCACGGGCAGCAGUACAACUACCGCGUGCUCUUCAGGACCAGCGAGCUGGCCACGCUGCGGGGCUCCAUCAUGGAGGACGCCGUGCCCUCCACCUCCAAGCACGGGCUGGCGCGGGGCCUGCCCCUCAAGGAGGUGCUGGAGCACCUGGUGCCGGAGCUCAACGUGCACUGCCUGCGGCUGGCGCUCAACACGCCCAAGGUCACGGACCAGCUGAUGAAGCUGGACGAGCAGGGGCUGAGCUUCCAGCUGAAGGUGGGGGUGAUGUACUGCGCUGCGGGCCAGAGCAGCGAGGAGGAGAUGUACAACAACGAGGCGGCGGGACCCGCCCUGGAGGAGUUCCUGCAGCUGAUUGGCGAGCGUGUGCGCCUCAAGGGCUUCUCCAAGUACCGCGCGCAGCUGGACACCAAGACCGACUCCACCGGUACACACUCCCUGUACACCACCUACAAGGACUACGAGAUCAUGUUCCACGUGUCCACCAUGCUGCCCUACACGCCCAACAACAAGCAGCAGUUGCUACGGAAGCGGCACAUCGGGAACGACAUCGUCACCAUCGUCUUCCAAGAGCCCGGCGCCCAGCCGUUCACCCCAAAGAACAUCCGCUCACACUUCCAGCACGUGUUUGUGGUGGUGCGGGCGCACAACCCCUGCACAGACGACACCUGGUACAGUGUGGCCGUCACCCGCUCCAAGGACGUGCCCGCCUUCGGCCCGCCCAUCCCGGAGGGCGUGACCUUCCCCAAGUCCUCGGUCUUCCGGGACUUCCUGCUGGCCAAGGUCAUCAACGGCGAGGGGGCGGCGCACAAGUCCCAGAAGUUCCGCGCCAUGGCGACGCGCACGCGGCAGGAGUACCUGCGGGACCUGGCGGAGCGCCACACCACCAGCACGCCCAUCGACCCCUCGGGCAAGUUCCCCUUCAUCUCGCUGGCGCACAAGAAGAAGGAGCGCAGCCGGCCGUACGCCGGCGCCGAGCUGCGCAGCCUGGGCGCCGUGACGUGGGCGGUGCACGCCGAGGACCACGGCGGCGGCGGCGGCGGCGGCGGCGGCGGCGGCGGCGGCGGCGAGGUGGACGCCCUGCUGGCGCUCUCCAACGACUUCCUGGUGCUGCUGGAGCGCGAGGCCCGGGCGCUGGUGUUCAACUGCGCCACGCGCGACGUGAUCGGCUGGACGCUGGGCGGCGCCGCCUCCCUGCGCGUCUUCUACGAGCGCGGCGAGUGCGUGAGCCUGCGCAGCGCGGGGAACAACGCGGACGACUUCAAGGAGGUGGUCAAGCGGCUGGAGUUCCUGACCAAAGGCUGCGAGACAUCAGAGAUGACACUGCGCCGCAACGGCCUGGGUCAGCUGGGUUUCCACGUCAACUACGAGGGCAUCGUUGCUGAGGUGGAGCCCUACGGCUACGCCUGGCAGGCGGGCCUGCGCCAGGGCAGCCGGCUGGUGGAGAUCUGCAAGGUGGCCGUGGCGACACUGACCCACGAGCAGAUGAUUGACCUGCUGAGAACGUCGGUGGCGGUGCGCGUGGUCAUCAUUCCGCCGUACGACGACGCCACGCCACGCAGGGGCUGCUCGGAGAUGUUCCGCGUGCCCACGGUGGACUACAAGGGCAGCAGCGACAGCAGCAGCGGCGGCUCCUUCGAGUACAAGUUCCCCUUCCGCAGCAACAACAACAAGUGGCAGCGGACCUCCAGCAGCCCCCAGCAGUCGCUGACGGCCUCGCCCCAGCCCCACACGCCCAACCGGGCCGUCAGCCUGGGCAGCUCGGGGGGCAAGACGCUGUCGGCCGAGCGGCUGGAGCGGGGCGGCGGCGGCGUCAUCCCCCGCAGCGUCAGCAGCGACGGGCGGCCGCUGGACCCCAAGCGGAUGUCCCCGGGCGGCAGUGACGGCUAUGGCCUGGGGUCCUCUCUGGCGCUGGGCCGCUCCCCCCACAACCGCAGUUCCCCUAGCAACCUGUCCUGCUCCAGUGACGCCUCCGCUAGCUCCUCCCACUGGAGGACCCAGAAGUCCAUGCCGGAGCAAUUCGGAGGCAGCCGUCACUCCCCCAUGUCCUCAGAGCGUCAGGUUGUGGGAGAAGGCGGGUCCAGCGGCAAGUCCACUCCUAAUUGGUCAAGGAUGGAGGAAGGGGGAGCGGUCGACAGAGGCUCUGCAGAAGCGCCCGUGGCAAAGUCUGGCCCAGGCUACUCAGGAGCUCCACGCAUCCAGAGGCAGGAGCAGGUCAUUCACCUGUCCCCAAAGAAAGGAAGCCAGUCGGACGGCCCCUACUCGGGCCACUCCAGCAGCAACACCCUGUCCAGCACCGCCUCCAGCGGGGGCCUCAGCGACGGCGACAAGUGGUUUGACCUGGGGGCCGGUGGCGGCGGCGGCGGUGGCGGCGGCGGCAGCAGCGGCGGGGGGGGGCCCUCUGGUACCGGAGGCGAUCCGGCCGAGGCGGAGCCCAACGGCCUGGGCGGCGGCGGCUACCUCGGGGGCGCCUCAGCUGACAGCAGCAUCGACACGGGCUCCUACGGUGCGCCGCACCACGGCCACUCCCACGGCCACGCCCACCCCCACUCCCACCACGGCAGCUCCAGCUCCCUGCUGGCGCCCGGCGCUGCUGGAGGCGGGUCUAGGGAUGGCCGGGACAGCCGAGAGGGUCGGGACAGCCGAGAGGGUCGGGACAGCCGAGAGCGGGCCACGCCCUCCCCGUGGCACAGCCCCACCGAGGGGGGCCGCAGGAUGCUGGAGCGGUCCCCCGCCGCGGCCGAGGCGCCCGUGCCGCCCCCGUCGGAGAGCAGCAUGGAGCGCACGGGCCGCACCCCCCCCACCCACCUGCUGGUCCGGGACAGCAGCACGUACAGUCUGAGCGACGUCGGCUCCCACUCCAGCUCCCGCCACUCGGGCCACAGCUCUCCCCGCGAGGAGUCGUCGUCGUCGUCCUCCUCGGCCACCUCGCCCUCCUCCCAGGCCUCCUCGGUGUCCCCGGGCCCCAAGAGCUUCUACCCUCGCCAGGGCGCUCAGUCCAAGUACCUGAUUGGCUGGCGCAAGCCCGGCUCCACCAUCAACUCUGUGGACUUUGGAGACACGCGCAAGAAGUCUCCAGGCGAGGGCGGGAUGGAGGGGGGCGUGCCGACGCCGGCGGCCCGGCCCUCCCUGCGGGACAUGCACUCCCCCCAGCUCUACGCCAAGUCGGUCAUGGAGGAGGACACCAAGAGGCACAACGACAGCCCCCCGCCGCUGCCCCGUAGACACAAGGACAAGUCGUCCCCGGGGUCCAAGCCCCCCCGCCACCGGCACUCCCUGCACCGCACGCUGUCCGACGAGAGCAUCUACCGGGGCCAGCGGCCGCCGCCCCUCACCGACUCGGCGUCGGAGCAGACGCUGGGCUCCGACGUGCUGUUCAGCUGCUCCACCGUGCCGCGCUCGCCCACCACGCGCGGCGUGCCCCUGCGCCGGCCCUCCUACAAGCUGGGCAUCAAGCUCCACGGCGACUUGUCUGCGUCCGACACCUCAUUGGUGGAGCUGGUGGAGCGUCAGCGUAGGCCCCUCCCCCAGGAGCUGAUGCCCCUCCCACCGUCUCUGGAAAGGGACAGCCCCCUGGACUGGACGCACCUGGUGGACGUGGCCAACACCUUUGACGUCCAGAGAGGCUUUGUGUACUCAGACCCCAGUCAUCACCGGGGCAGUGGCGCCUCCAGCCCCCAGCAGCCCCACAUAGAGCUGCAGCCCCCGCCAAUAUCAAGACCCUCCUCCAGCGAGGGCCACAUAGGGCUGGAGAGGAAGGUCACCAAGCUGGAGGCCAUGGUGAAGAUGCUGCAGGAGGACCUGAAGAAGGAGCGUGAGGACAAGGCGCGCCUCCAGACCCAGAUCAAGAGGCUGUGGGACGACAACCAGCGGCUGAAGGAGGAGUCUCAGACCUCCGCUGCCAAGCUCAAGAAGUUCACCGAGUGGGUGUUCAACACCAUCGACAUGAACUGACUCGCCCAACGCACCCGGACACACUGCCAGACCACACACACACACACACACUGACACACACACACACAGACACUGCCAGACACACACACACACACACUGACACACACACACACAGACACUGCCAGACACCCACACACACACACUGACACACACACACACACACACACAUACUGCCAGACACACACACACACAGAUACUGCCAGACACACACACACACACACACACACACACACACACACACACACACACACACUGACACACACACACUGACACACACACACACACACAUACUGACACACACACACACAGCCAGACACACACAUACACACACACACUGACGCACACACUGCCAGACAUACCCACACACACACUGCCAGACAUACACACACACACAUUGCCAGACAGCCACACAAAGACACACACACACACAGCAUCCAUUCCGACAUGUAUUGAAAAGCACAAACCCGCUGACGCACACCGAAGGGACUAGGAGGAAAGGGACGGUUCAUCCCUUGGAAGAUCGGAGGCUGGAUCACCAGCUCUGGAGACACACUUCCACCGGUCUGUCCUGGCCCAGAGGCAGGAGGAACCUGGAGGUCCUACAAUCCAACCCCCUGUCCUACUACUCAGGACGACCAUGUCCAGCACGGAGAGAGAAGAGGGGAAUAAAGCAAUCAUUUGAACAAGGGCCUCUCCAAGCACAACCCGGCGACCCAGCCCCCACCACCACCGCCUCUGGACAUGUCCCUCUCUGGCACUGCCCUUUCUCUCGCUCUCGCUCCCAUUCUCUUUCUAUUGCUCUCUUUCGACAUUUGUAAGUAUGGUGCAUCGAGAAUCUCCCCACCUCUCAGCUUGAAACCCGUCAGACCACCCUUGCCACUCCCGAUAUUGCCAACCAUCGGUGAGCCAUUGCCCACCAUAAAAACCAGACGCCACACAUUUUUCUAUUGAAACCCAUUCAGAAGGACUUUAGAAUCCGCCAUGUUUUGUGCCUGGUACUUCUGGGGACUGCCUGUACUCUUCACAAAACGUAAAGCCUUCCUGUUGAAUACAGUCCCGCCGGCCAGAGCCAUCCCACAGGGCGGUGUCUUUUUCUACACGCACACAUAAGCUGGUGGUCCUCCACUUGGGUCCGAGGGGUCUCCACACCCCGUUCCCCGGUCUGUACUGUACAGGCGGCGCCGGCCCGCCCUGGGGGACCUCCCGGACCCCCGGCCCAGGGGGGGGCUCACUGAAAAGCCAUCGGAAGCUGUGCCAUGGGAAACCCACCCGAGUAGUGUCCGGGACGUCCCUUGUUUUCGUCCCAUUUCUUCACAAGGUCUUCAGAAACAAAACCCUGAUAAGAAAACCAAGCAAUAGGAUCAAGUGCUGGAGAAGCGUGGCCUACGACGCAGCAGCAUGCUGGUGGCACGGGGAGGGGACACGCAGCCCGCCCCCUUACCUCGCCCCGCCGCAGCCUCUAGGGCUCCCAGCUUCAGGACGGCUCGCCGAGAGGAGAGGGUCAUGGGAGAAGGAGCCCCCCCAUCUUCAGUAGGAAGUCAUGGCGGUGAGGACUCCCUAGUUCCCACAGCGUAAACAUUCGUGGGACGUUUUCUCCGAUUUAAUUUAUUUCCUUGUAUUAUAAUUCCAAUAAUUAAGUUGAUUGAUUAGUGAAGUGCAACUGACAUCAGUGUUAUGUUUAUAUAUAUAUAUAAAAAUAUAUAUGAAAAGGGUUGCUUCCUAUAUUAUUAUUUAAAUAGCUCCCCCCCCCCAACCCUCUUUGAUUGUUUUGCUUGUUCUGCCUUGAGCCUAAUAUGGUUAUAUGGUUCUGCAAUGUUUCUCAUUGUAGUUUGUGCUUCCCCAAGCCUACUGUUGUGUUGUUUCCUGUGUCCUCUAGUGGUGACCAGUAGAAUGCCAUGCUUUUUUCCCCUUUGAGUUUUCUCAUCAUUUGCUCCCAACAAACUGACUUUGCGAAAAAAAACAGUGCUAAUCCCAAUGAGACAGGACAGAAGAACCGGAGGAGACCAUAAAGAAGCUUAAAGACAUACAAUCAGAGAGCAUAUUACGUGCAGUUGUUUGUGUAUGCAUGUGUGUGGGUUUCUGUUGAAUGUGUGGAACUAUAUUCGGACGGUCUUUGUUUGAUGGAAACAACUUCAUCACAGGGAUUCUGUCAGGCCAUCGAUUUGAUUGACCGACCGUUGACUUCUCACACUUAUCGGUGCGAGUUAAGCAACUGCAGAUUGCGUGUGUGUGUGUGUGUGUGUGUGUGUGUGUGUGUGGGGGUGGGGCUUCAUCACUGAGCGGUGGGUGGAGCCAGGACGUGCCUUUUUGAACCACAGCUGAGAUGAGCGAUGUUGGGGACGAGCUCUACUUUUGAAGUAGUAGUCGUCGUCGUAGUGUUCGCGGAGAGCAGCUGCUGACACAAAAACACUCCCACACGCUGUGUGAUGUCGUCCACAGUCAUCCCACAGCUCUGAACCAGACGGGUGUGUGUCUGUAGUGGAGCCCCCAGUAACUUGGUCUGUAUUUUUAAAUCAGCCAUCUGCCUUUCCACAGCACAAUGAGCCCAACAGGACCCCAGAUAUGGAGAAAGAUGUAGUGUGUGUGUGUUUGUGUGUGUGUGUGUUUAUCUGUGUGGGCAUGCCACUGUUUGUUUACAUUCAUGGCUACAAGAGCAUGCAGAUGGUUAUUCACCCUUUUUUAAUGUUGACAUGUAUAGGCAGUAAAAAAAGGUAUAUUUCCAGGCAAGAAUGCCUGGAAAUUGGGUAAGGGUUCACAUACUGUUGUGAAGCGAGAAGAACUAUAUAGCCAUUUCUCAUCAAGGUGCCUAAAGUGUGUGUGUGUGUGUGUGUGUGUGUGUGUGUGUGUGUGUGUGUGUGUGUGUGUUGGGUUGUUCAACAGGCUCUCAUGUAUUCAUUUAUCCUGUCAAUUGUAACCGCACUUUACGUAUGAUGCCAUUGUCGGGAUAUGAAAGCCAUUUGUUAUCAAACUAUUUUAUUGUUUGUGGAGAUUCCCCCAAAAAUAGACCACUAUUCUCUUAUUUGAUGGCAUACUCAAAUUAGCAUAUCAACAUUUCAGGGAUUAAAGAAAAAGCAUGGCGAUAUCACCCUGACUGAUUGUCAAACAACAAACAUGAAUGAAUCAGGAGAAGACUACAAUCGUCCUGUGCUGCCGCCAUCUGGCAGAGAGAUGGAGAUAGAUUUAAACGUUGGAGGGAGAGAGAGAGAGAGACAAAUCUCCUCAAACAGAAAUGUGUUGAGGUGUUGGUUCUGUUGUAGGAAUCUUGUGUCCGUCUAGUCCGUGUGUUCGGCCUGUCUGGAUUAGUAAGUGCAGACAUCAAGAAAUAAACAUUUCAUUGGACAACCUUAGACCUGAAAACUGCAAAAAUAGACCCUUCAUGUCAAUGUUCCCAUGUCGCUUGGAGCUGAGACGAGAUUGCCCUUUUCAACCGGCGGUAGGUUCCCAAUUACCUCCCAUGUCUGCAAAAAUGACCUGUCAACUUUCAGUUGACAUUUCCCAGUACAACCAGUAUACCAGGGAAUGACACUUUGGGGUGAUGAAAGCAGUGAUUUCUGUAAGAUCAGCAGCACUGCGGCGACGCGUAUUGUUCAUAAAGUUGAAGGAUAAUUGAUGUAAACCUGUGGAUGUUCCAGCACAGACUCGCCCUCUAACUGUGCUGCUUAUCUGUACCACUCAGACCAAUUGGGUUCAGAUGUUCCACAACUAUUCCAUUUUGUAACAUAUGUGCAAUCGUUAUUUUUCAUUAAUGUUUGCACAGUGGAUUUUUUUUCUCUGUAGAAAUUGUUGCCUAUAUACAGGAUGUGGAAUAUGUACUCAUCCUAUGUAUUGUAAAGUUUUAAAAUGUUCCCAAAAUAUUUUUGGUGUGUUUAUUUUUAUGCCUGGUUGUGGUUUGUUGUAGAUUAGGAAGAAGGGAACUUAAGACUGGGGCCAAGCACUAUGUGUGUGCGCUUGACUGAUCAUUCUGCAGAAGGGACAAGUGAAUUAAGGGUAAAGAUACACCAAUUUCAAAUUUGGAUUAAAACUGAUCAAAUUGAAAUACUGUUUACAUCUCGCUUUCAUGUCCUUUUUGUAAAGUGUGAAGGUAUUAAAAGAAAAUACAUUUGAAGUGAUCACAGUAUUAAACGUUUCUGAAAUAAAAUAAAUGCUGUAUUGCUUUGUGAUUUUAUCCAUUGUUUUGGUUUUCUUUUGGAGUUGCUUGAAAGCUGCCAUAUUACUGUAAAAUGCACUUUGUUUUUCUGAUGUGAAUCUGAUUCAGAAUGCAGUGGACCCAGGUUUGUAUUUUGUCCUAUGAACAUUGUUAUUGUAAUUGACCUGAACCCGUGGAUCCAUGGGAAAUAAAUGGAUCAUACUUGAUGAAUAAAUCCUUUGAAGAUGCUUAUUCACUUAAUAAAAUAAUCCCUGUAUAUAG